AUGCUGGCCCUCUCCACCAAUUUAACCCUCCUCUUUCUCUCACGGAUCCCCGUCGUCUUUAUGGCCUGCAUGCUCUGCGCUCAAGGUGCCAUGCCCCAGUUUGUCGGAGAGCAGACACGCGCCGUGGCCCUCGGGCGCCUUAGCGUGUCCUACGGCAUCGGCAUGCUGCUAGGCUCGUCAGCGGGGGGAAUCUUGGCUUCUCACCUAGGACACGCUUUUGUCGGCUAUUUGGCCGCCGGUCUGUCUUUUGCCAUGACACUUGUCAGCCUGCUCUACAUGCCCGUCACCUCGCGCACGCCAGUGUCUCCUUCCUCUGGCCCCACCAAGGGUCCCAGCAUUGAUUUUGGCGCUGCGCUGGCCAUGUGUCGCCGUCCCACCGUUUACCCGUUGGCACUGGCCGUGGCCAUUGCUGGUCUUGGCAUCUCCAUCAAUCGCAGCCAGUUCAGCGUCGUCCUGGCCGACCAUUUUCACCUCAAUGAAUCCCAGGCCGAAAGAAGCACAGCUGACCAGACCUCGUGCCAGCCGUCUGUCUUGUUUUGUCUCAUGCACGCCAACUUUUUCCCGACUUCCACGACAGGACUGACCACCUCCUUGGGCGCCGUCAUGGCGCUACUCAGCAACACGUUGCUCAUUGCUCCUCUUCGAUCUCGCUUCUCCGAGCAACAACUGCUUGUGGGCGCCGUGGGCGCCAUGGGAUGCUGUUUCCUUGCCAUGCCGCAGGUCACCCAGUUUUGGACGCUGCUGCUCCUGUUGGUGCCCAUUUCGUUGGCUUCCACGCUGCUCUACACCAUCUCCGGCUCGGCCCUCAGCAAUUCGGUUGGCAAGGAAGAGGCUGGGACAGCCGUGUCGAUCAGCCACAGUCUCCGUUCAGCCACAGGCCUCCUUGCGCCUUCCAUUGGCGGUCAUCUGCUGGCUCACUACGGCUAUGCUUCCGUGGGUCUUGCUAGCGCCGCUCUGGUCUUUGCCGCGGCAGCCGUCCUUACCCAGGGCUCACUGCCUCAACCCACCCAUUCCAAAUCCAAGCACACCUGA